CACGUCGCUGUAAGUAGUUAUCCAAUUGACAGUGCCCCCGGUCUGACAUAGUUCAGUCGGCGACUUAUUGUUGGUACGAUCCGACUGCGUCUCUGCGAGCAGUGACGUUCUUGGCUCUACCGGUGCAACCGAAUUUCUCGUUCCACGUAUGCAUGCAACCUGGCAUAGUGCUAUCUCUUAUCCGUCGCUGAAUCGAACAAUGAGCUUUUACGUAUCACGGUUUACCGGUCCGAGGCUGCAUCAAUAGUGAAACCGUUCGUUGAACGUCCUUCGGUAUAGUGAAAGGAAAGGAAAAAGGAUCUGUUAGCUCUGUCGAAAAGAAUUCGCGAUGACGGUCCCCGCGAGGGUGACCUGGUGGUUCGAGACCGCCGGGUAGCUCCGGUGAGAAAGAACCCGGUCAAGGUUGACCGUUGCCAGUGAAACCGGUUGAUCCUUUCCCACCAACAACCCUUCUGGUGAUUCCGGAGGGAUCUGUCCUUUGGGGGGCUAAGAUGCCAGAACUGAAUUGAGAGAAGAUAUGGCAGCUGAUCUGUACGCGAACGGAUCCGUAAAGUCAACGUCCGGCAGAAUCACGGGCGGCAUGAGGCAACGUAAGACAGGAACGCUUGGCGCCGCGGCGCCCGUUUCCACCGAGGAGGAACGGUUGAAGUUCCAAGACAACAGGUUCUUGACGACACUCGUACUUGGAAGAAACAGGAAAAUUUCUCCGGACGUGUUGCCGUCUUGUUCCCCGGGUAUUUUCCGUCAGAAAUCGUUCAGGGCCCAGACGCCACCGAAGAGCGCACCCGCAAAUCAUCACCGCGGCGGCAGCGGCGCAGGCGCCGACCCUCGCGGUCCACGUGAGCCACCCAGUACAAAAACAGCCGUCGGCAACGGCAACGGGAACGGCAGCGCGCGGUCCAAGAACAGCGUGUUGCAGCUGGCACGAAGUGCCCGGGGUACCAGCAAGCACGCGCGGCUUAGCUCGGCACUGGCGAACAAAAUGGCGUCCUCGAGCUCCACGACGGUCGUGCAGGGCUGGCCGAACACGAAAGACGACUACGAGCUCAAGGAGGUUAUCGGCGUUGGCGCGACAGCCGUGGUGCACGCGGCGUAUUGCAUUCCACGGCAAGAGAAAUGCGCGAUCAAGAGAAUAAAUUUGGAAAAAUGGAACACAAGCAUGGACGAGCUCCUGAAAGAAAUUCAGGCGAUGUCCUCUUGCAACCACGAGAACGUGGUUACGUAUUACACCUCGUUCGUGGUGAAAGAGGAGCUCUGGCUGGUUCUAAGGCUGCUGGAGGGUGGCUCGUUGCUUGACAUCAUCAAACACAAGACCAGAACUACAAAUUGUAAACACGGCGUUUUCGACGAAGCCACAAUAGCGACGGUCUUGCGAGAGGUGCUCAAGGGCCUCGAAUACUUUCACAGUAACGGACAAAUACACAGGGACAUAAAAGCCGGUAAUAUCCUACUAGGAGAAGAUGGGACUGUGCAGAUUGCUGAUUUCGGCGUCAGCGCCUGGUUGGCGACUGGCCGAGACUUGAGCAGGCAGAAAGUCAGACACACGUUCGUCGGCACACCCUGCUGGAUGGCACCCGAGGUCAUGGAGCAGGUGAGAGAGGACCAUGGGUACGAUUUCAAGGCGGACAUCUGGUCGCUCGGGAUCACUGCCAUCGAAAUGGCCAGCGGCACCGCGCCGUAUCACAAGUACCCGCCGAUGAAAGUACUCAUGCUCACGCUACAGAAUGAUCCACCGACUUUGGAUACUGCCGCCGACGACAAAGACCAGUACAAAGCCUACGGCAAAACAUUCCGGAAGAUGAUCGUCGACUGCCUCCAAAAGGAUCCGACAAAAAGACCAACGGCAACAGAGCUGUUGAAACAUCCGUUCUUCAAGAAAGCGAAGGAUAAGAAAUAUUUACAACAGACUUUGGUAGCGUGCGGACCCAGCCUCGAGACUCGGGUGCAAAAGGCUUCGAAAAGACAACCAGGCACGUCCGGUCGUUUGCAUAGAACGGUCACGGGCGAGUGGGUCUGGUCCUCUGAAGAGGAAGACAGCAGUGCGUCGAGCGGUGACGAAGGUAAAGAAGCUUUACCGGUUAAUACCAUCGAGAACGCGUCUAGCAGCGAAGAGGACCAGGAAGAGGAGUUCUUUGGACAAGUGAAGUCCGCGCGGAGUCACAUGGCCGUGCCGGUUAACGAACAGAACGUUCCUAUAAACUUGGUGCUCAGAUUACGAAACCAGAAACGAGAGCUGAAUGAUAUACGAUUCGAAUUCGCCGUCGGAGUGGAUUCCGCCGAGGGCAUCGCAGCAGAGCUGGUUGGCGCGGGAUUGGUCGACGGCAAGGACAUCGUCGUGAUUGCGGCAAACUUGCAGAAACUUAUAGACAGUGCUGGCCAGUUACGGACAGUUACAUUUUCACUGAAUUCUGGUCACGCGCCGAACGAAGUACCGGACGACAAGGCGUUAAUAGGAUUUGCUCAGAUCUCCAUCACAGAUUAAAGCGAUCACGCGAUGAGGAAUCAACCGACGUCUCAGGAUACCGUUCUUAAAGCGGCAGCUCGCGGAAUUUCGAAGUGUCGAAAGCGGGAAGCGAUGUUUACACGUAUAUAUGUGCUCUCCGGCUUUCGAUACUUCAAUCUCCUCGGAGUUCUAAGAAACGCGUCGAAACAUUCAAACAAGAAAUGAAAUAACAGGGCGUAGGUAUUUAAGCGCGACUCGUUCGCGGGACGGACUGCGUUGAGCGCGUACUCGGUACCCGCGUAUAAAAGGGAAUUUUCGAUCAGUUGAGAAGCCCAAAGAUUCGUUCUUAUAACCGGAGCCUUUUUGCUACGAUAGAAAAUGGUCGAACGGGAAGAUUAACGCUGAUAGGUUUUAAAACAGCCAAAUUAAUUUGUGAUGAUUUCCUGUGGCAAAAGGGUUGUGUCGAUUCUGCCAAUUGUUCAAUCAAAGGAAUGAAUAGAAGGAAACCGCGCACUGGCUUAAGUUUCCACUUGCUCUAAUCAUUAAUGGCUGUAGUUUCACAUAUUCAAUUCCUAUAUCACUCAUAUUAUCGCAUUAAUUCUGUGUAAAUAUUAGUAAUCGAGUAUGAUUCCUUCGUUAGGUUUAAACCCUGCGAGCGCGACAGAGAAUUUCAAAUGAUUAAGCGUUAACGAAAGGUGCUUAAAAAUUGGAAAGAUGAAAGGAAGAUAAACGAGAACACAUCCUCACCCCCGCCCCCCUUCCCUCCCAUGACUUACUUAUUUGAAACGGUGAACGAUACCCUGCCAGCCAAAAAUUUGGAAUCCGUGUUCCAUUCAUCGCCAAAUUCACUCUCUCGCGUCAAGCUUCGUAAGUUUAUUCGUGAUUUAAAAUCGUUAGUUUACACUUUUAGUCGAAGUAGAGAAACACCACAACGUUCUAUGAAUUUCACGUUCUUUCAAACGAUUCCAAUCUUUCGUUCGGCAGUGUAUAAGACGAUGUAUUCUCUUAAGGUUUCGUUUUUCUUAUUUUAAAACGAACACGCUCCCAUGCCGAAAGCAUAUCGUGUAUUUAAAGUUGAAAGAAGGCAGUCGUCUCCUCUUGUGCGAUGAUCACGAAAUCGUUAGCGUAUUUUACCUUAUGCUUCAACGCUACAGGGAUCGUAGAACACGCGAAAGUACUAAAAAGUGUUUUUGUACUUAAUUAAAUAGAAUUAACUAUAUAGCGGAUUUAUCGUUCUCUUUUUUGUGGCUUCAUUAGAGGCGAGAAAAGGAAAUCAUUGUACGAUUCACGUGUCUCUUUCAGUCUUUAAAAAGCGAGCACACACGUGCGUGGAUAAUAUUUCCGCACGCACUCUUCUUCCCAAGAUUUUAUUUGUCUCUGUGGACCAAACUAUUUUAACGAUCAUCUCACCUUUUCUUUUGAUACAUUCGAUGAAUGAGCAGGAAUGUAAUUGCGAUUGUAUAAAUUUUUAAUUUUCUGGAAAAGAUUGAAACAAGCCUUGCGAGUGGCCAAUCAUUAAAAUUAUUGAUCCUAGAAUACAAAUGAUCUGCGGAAUUGUUUCCAGUCAUGAACAUUUCUUAGAAUUGUUUUCUCUGCGUUUUCAUACAGUGAAUAAAAAUACGUUUUGUUCUGUUCGAUAAGAAUGCUUAGCCGGUGUUUGCAGACUUUACUGGACGUUCGUGUUCUAGAAUUAAUUAAGUUGUACGUGUGCUCGAACGAGGAGAACGUGAAGCGUGAACAAAAUAAAUUAUUGCUUGUUUUAAAGUAUGUAAUAUGUGAUUCUCUAAUUUUAAACGAUUUCACGGUUCCGCGCAGGGACCGUUGCAGGAUUGACAGAAGAAAAUGGAAACGAAUAUUUUUCGCGAUACAUACGAGAAUGUAUUUAAAAGAAAGUGGAUGAAGGCGGUAUGCAAGGAAGUGAAAUAUAUUUAUUGCUUGGAAACAGAAAUGGGGUUUCACGAAUAAAGCCUAGAAUUAUUCUA